CCACAUAUCAUUUUUUAACGAAUAUUAAGUCCACUACGGCACUACCCUCCACCCACUCCACCCCACCCCAUCCAAUGGGAUAAACAAACAGUACUCAGAACCUAUUUUCUGCGCUGCUUCGAAGAAAUCAACAAUCAAGUACGAGAAUUUUGAGUAUAAAUUUUGUUUCUUGAACGAGUGUGUACAAUGAGCGACGUAAGUGUUGCCUGAAAAUCAGUAGCAGUUGCCAAACUUCUUCCUCUUAUGGUAGCUGUAGCCUGCUGUAGCAAAAGAGCUCAGAUGCAUCAGAUCAGGAGUUUCCCUUCAUAUGCAGAAAGGACAUGCUCAAAUCCAAUGGAGUUGGAAACAACUGAAACAGAUGAUGUAAUGGUUGAAAUCUCCGAUAAUCAACCGGUCAAUAACAACAAUAUUACCGUGAUCAGGGAGUGGGAUGACUGCGUUAGAGGCAAGGAGAACAUGGCCAAAUAUUACAAACGCCAUCGACGCAUCCAAAAAGUACCACCAUUACUCUUAGAAGGCGAGAGAGGUCGUAGAAACCGCGAGUAUUACGAGCCUGCAGUGGUUUCACUUGGCCCGUACCAUUAUAAACAAGCCCGCCUUGCUGCAGCCGAGGAGUACAAACUCAUAACGCUAGAAGAGUAUGGUUUGAGCACCGGAAAAACCAUUAAAUCGUUAUACAACAGGGUGUUUGAGGUGGUACAUGAUGCGAGAAAGUGUUAUAUCGAUGGUUCUACUGAUGGUUAUAACGAUGAGGAGUUCAGUCGAAUGAUGCUGCGUGAUGGUUGCUUUGUUUUGUUCUUUAUUGAAUGCAUAUCUACUGGAAAUAAUAAGGUGUUGUUAAAUAACGAGUAUCUGGGCGCGUUAGGUUUUGCAAACGUGGUGCGUGAUCUUUUCUUGUUGGAGAAUCAGAUCCCGUUUGUGGUACUCGAGGUUUUGUUAACGUUGAAGUUCCCCGACGAUAAAGGGGAAGAUAUUCUAAACGGAUUCUUUAACUACUUAAAUUUCGGCGAGGUCGUCAUUAGGGAUGAAAGUUUGUUUGGAAACAAGAAACCCCUUCAUCUACUCGAGCUUUACAGGUCGUAUUUCAUCUCGCUUCCUGCUUCGCUUGCUCUCGGUUCAACUAAAACGUCGAGUGGUUCGACUAAUAUGUCGAGCAAUAUGUCGAGCAUGGGGCGAAGACGGAGUAAAAAGAAGGAUUCAGUUGAAGACUAUAACUACAUUAAACGAAAUCGAUCGUUUGCUUCGGUGACGGAACUCAAAGCUAAAGGGAUUUUCUUGAAAUGUGCCCAUGAUGAGUCUAAGAAUGAGGGCAUUAAGUUCUACUCUCAUUAUUGUUACGGUGAGCUUGUGCUUGUGCGUAGAGCAGUGUCCUCGAAUACGAAAGCUAUAUACUUGAACAUGAUCGCGUACGAGAUGUGCCCGCAUAACCCAAACGACAUUCGAAUUUCAACUUACCUUCGAGUAAUGAAAUCGUUAAUUAUUCACUCUGAUGACGUGAAGGAGUUGCGAAACAAUGGUGUAUUGCUUCAUAGUCUUGGUCGCGACGAAGAUGUUGUUAAGAUGUACGACGAGAUUGAAGCACCGGCGGUUAAUCUUUACAUGUUUCAUCAGCUCCGGAGACAGAUCGAGAAGCACUGCAAUAACAGGUACAAGACGUGGGUGGCGGAGCUGAUAACCGUGUACUUUAGUAGUCCGUGGAAGACGGUGGCUGUGUUGGUGGCUACCGCUAUCCUGUUCAGUAGUUUUCUGCAGACUUACUUCACAAUCAAGCCAGUUCCCGAUGAGUCGAGUGAGGAUAUUGUGAAGCUUCUUAGACAAUGCAUACGCCUUAAGCAUUUGCAAACACAUGAUUGAUUUGGAAUACGUUAUCAGUAUGUAAUAUGAUGAAUAAAAUAGUUGUUCCAGCAUAUAUAUAUGUGUGUGUGCAAACCCUGAUCUAACUUUGUGGUUUUAGUGUGAUGUUAUCUUUCUUUUUUAUUA